AUGAGUGGGAUUCCUUCAAGAUCCGGUCAAAGGAGUGUCCAGAGUAAUCGGACAACUCCCAAAACCACCGAAUCUGCAAUCACUACCGAGAUUGCUGUUGUUGAACAGGUUGAAUCGGAAGACUCGAGCACUACUAGUGCAGAGUCUGAUGAUGUUUCUACUUCGCAUAUUGUCUUGACUGCUCCUGUAAGAAAACGACUGGGAAACCGACGAGUUUGCACUCGAUCGUCCACUGGAACUAUCAAAACUACUGCUGGAUCCACUCCUAAAAAGUCAUCAACUCAUACACAGGAUAUACCAAUCCAUCAUUCUGAUACUAUACAUAAUUCAACUCAAACCACUGCAUCGCUUUUCAGAAAACUGGUUAUUCCUGGUCAAUUACUUUCUCAAACUACCUUGCAUGCAAGUGCUGGGUCCUCUCUUGACAAAAACGACAGCUUGCUGGAUAUCAGCGAUCACAGCGAUACUAGCUGCGACACGGCUGUUGCUUUAGAUUCCAUCUCUACCAUGACCAAGGCAAUUUCAAACUCUAAUAGAAUCACUGGACUGGAAGUCAUUGGAGAUUCAAUUGACAUUUCUUGUAAAUCUACUACUCGAUCUGGCAAGACAUUGGAUAUUAAUCCAACACAAUCAACUCUUACUCGAACGCCGUAUCGUACUCGACCUUUAUCUGGUUUGUCACUCACUCAAAGCUCCACUCGUCCAUCUCAAUCAAGCACUAGACAUCAUACUCGCUUUCAAUCGCAAUUUCAGUCCAAACAAACUCACUUGGUGGAAGAUAUUGCUGGAUUUGUGUCGGACGAAAGUGAUGUUGAUGUUCAGAUAAAUUCUAUAAAAGGCGGCCAGAUGGCUUUUACUAGUCCUUGUAAAUCAGUAUCGACACUUGUGCAGCAACAAGGCGAAUUUGAAUCUCAGUUGUGGGUUGACAAAUACAAACCAAAUUCAGAGGCAGAGGUGGCCAUUCAUAAAAAAAAGCUCAAAGAUGUGCGAGAUUGGCUUAUCCGUGCAUUUUCGGGACACAAUGGAAAUGGCCGUACAAAUGGAAAGCUACUUGUCCUGAGCGGUCCUUCUGGUGUCGGAAAAACAGCUGCAUUGAAUGUACUUGCUUGUGAACUCGAUUUUGAAAUUGUAGAAUGGGAGAAUCCUGUUAAUAUCAAUACAUUCCAGUCCAUUUGGGAUCGUCACGAUAGUCUGGGAGCCGAUGGGAAAGUGGAACGAUUUACGUCAGAUUAUGUUCCUGUUUUGCAACGAUUUCAAGAUUUUUUGACAAGCUCAUGCAAAACUCCUGCACUUCAUUUCACAACGACAUCUGUAAAUAGCAAGUCCAAAUCCUUGACACAGUCAAAUCUACACACACAAUCAUAUAAUUCACCCAACAUAGCAUCAACAUCAAAGCGGAAAAUUGUGUUAAUUGAAGAUUGGCCACAACUGGGAUCUAUGUCAUCUCGUACUUCUGUACAUACUGCUUUAAGAAUGUAUUUGGCUUCAAAAAACUCUGCGUAUCCUCUUGUGCUUAUUAUUUCGGAUACCUCGGAUGUACAUCAAAGCGGUAAUACUAUGUUUAAAGGAAUGGGGUUUACAGAUGCUCCUAUUACUUUGAGAACGCUGAUUUCUCCUGAUAUCUCUUCUCAAGCAUCGUACACGCAUAUAAAAUUUAAUCUAGUAGCGCCGACUAUUUUAGCCAAAGCUCUUACACGGAUUGCCGAUAUUGAGUUUCGAUCCAUGUCAAAACGAAUUCAUCGGCCAUCUAAAAUGAUGAUUGAAUGGAUUAGCAAGUCGAGCAGCGGGGACAUUCGCCACGCAAUUCAUCGCUUACAAUUUUUGGCUUUAAUUGAUCCAAAGAGUAUUCCAUUGAGUUUGCAGGAAGAGCCACAGAAAUAUAAUAAACGAGGAAGAAAUGGUAGGUCGCUUGUAUCUGCUGAUGAUACUAGUGACAGAGCUGUAUGUAGCACGCUUGGAGGUGAUGGAUUUCUUGAUGCUGGCCUAUCCAAAAGUCCACAUGACCGCAGUAAUGCACGAGGUAAAUCGAGUACUGUUCGUGCCUCGUUAGACCAAGUCGACUGUCGCGACGAAAGCGUAUCUAUUUUCCAGGCUGUUGGUCGUAUUCGAUACAAUAAACGACUGGAUAGUGUUGCUCCUUGUGAGCAUCUUCUUGGACCUACUCUGAGUUGUAUGAAACGAACUACUUUAGAAGCCGUACCGGAAGAUAUUUUGAGUCUUCUCUAUGUCGAUCCUGAUGUGUUUACGCUUUUUUCUGAGCAGAAUGUGCCAUCAGCCUAUACUACUGUUGAAGAAUUAGUCUUGGCCACUUCUUAUUUGAGCGAUGCUGACAUCUAUACUGGCCGUUGGGAGAACCGGCGCAUCAUGGCGCAAUAUACCAUGUCGGUGACAGCUCGCGGUCUGUUAUUUGCUCAUUCGCCCUCACCUCUUGUAUCAUCCCUUGAACAUGUAUCUGCUCAUUCAUCUGAAAAUCAAUCUCGAGCAACAGCAAAUUCGUUUGCGAAGCGUAAUGAAUUCAAUCAACUACACAAGCCGGAAGCGUGGCAAUGCCAAACUAGAGCACGGGAAAACCGCCUUGCAAUUCAUGCUGGAUUGGCUGCUGAGUGGACUAGACAGUAUAUGAAAAUGUCAAGACUAGAUUCGUUGGAAGCUUUUGCACAAAACGAAAUGGUACUAUCUCCUGACGCUGGCACUCUACUAGACCAUGUUUCGGAAUCGGCUUUGUGGUUGGAAAUUGUACCCUUUUUGGGUCUUCUUGGGCGUACAAACAAACAUCCUCCAGUUCGGAACUUACCUGGAUAUGCAAAAUCCGCGCUUGCUAGUGUUUGUGGUUACUCGUUGAUUGCUGGAAGCAAACUACUUGAUGAAGGAUCGUAUGAUGGUGGGAUAGAAUACCUUGAUGCGAUUGAAGAUUUGGCACAUCCAGGCCAUCAAAUGGAUGGACGCCCGACAGCAUCUGCAGCAUUCUCUACAGGAACAGGCCAUGGUCGACUGGAAUGGAAAGACCACCUUGCACUUGCUGAUGAUGACAUUGAAGAGUUUUGA